GAAAUUCUUUUCUGGACGUUUGACUAUUGAUUUCCCUGCCUGCCUUUUGGAUCAGCAGGUCAGCACUCUUACUGAAUGAAAAGAUGAGGGCUCUAGAUUCUUGGUGUCACCACAGUCUUGCAGCAGCAAGAGGAAUGGCUUUGUAUCAGGCUAAUCCUGCGCCUCUCCCAUGUGAUGCAUGUUCCCAUUGUAGGCGUGUUUUGUGCUGCAACAGUAAUGCUUUAGUGUGGUAUAGUUGGGAGCUCUGCAGACGCCCCAGAGCGCAGAACUACUAAUGUUAACACAGGCUUCCCCGCCCCCUUCCUUCAUAACUUGUGAUCGCAGAGCCAUGAAAGUAUGCGAGUCCCUCCCCCAGAACAGAGCGAUUGCACCCGGCAUAUGAUCAGGGCUCCAUGUCAGCCAGACCAGGCAGCACUGACCUGCCCGAGCGCUGCGCAUAGCCAGAGCAAUGACCUUAACGGAGCAGAGCUUCCAGGGGUCUCCUCCACCCCCUUCUGAGGUGGCCAAGGCAGACAUGGACAACACAGGAGAGAAGGAGAAGGCUGCACAGCCCUCCAUGGCAAGGACCGGAGUGCUGGUGCCCAAGCAGCGAGCAACGGGAAGGCUAAUCAUGCACAGCAUGGCGAUGUUCGGGCGGGAGUUCUGCUAUGCUGUGGAGGCUGCCUUUGUCACGCCGGUGCUGCUCAGUGUAGGGCUGCCCAAGAACCUGUACAGCCUGGUGUGGCUCAUCAGCCCCAUCCUGGGCUUCGUGCUGCAGCCCGUGGUAGGUUCCGCCAGUGAUCACUGCGCCUGCACCUGGGGCAGGAGGCGACCUUACAUUCUGGGUCUAGGCAUCAUAAUGCUGGUAGGCAUGGCUUUGUACCUCAAUGGGGACGAGAUGAUCUCAGCUUUCAUCAGUGAGAGAGACAAGCAGCAGACAUGGGCAAUAGUCAUUACCAUGCUGGGAGUAGUGCUUUUUGAUUUUGCAGCUGACUUUAUUGAUGGCCCCAUCAAAGCAUAUUUAUUUGAUGUCUGCUCUCAUCAGGAUAAAGAGAAGGGUCUGCAUUACCAUGCCCUCUUUACAGGCUUAGGAGGAGCGCUGGGUUACCUGACAGGUGCUGUGGAUUGGGGUGAAACUGUACUAGGAUAUUCCUUGACAUCAGAAUUCCAGGUGAUUUUCCUCUUGUCAGCCUUGGUUUUCCUCAUCUGCCUUAUUGUACAUCUACGCAGUAUUCCUGAAGUCCCACUCAGAUAUGGCAACGAAGAGAGAAAGCUUUUGUUGGAAGUGACAGAGCCCUAUAAGUACAGCUCCAUAGCAGAAAUCAAGAAUGGAUACUUUGCAUGUACUGACUUAAAUGCUACGAGUAAGCCAAAGAAAGGUACUGACACAUCGUGUACAGAGGCUCAAAGGCGGAUGACACUUAAAUCACUCCUGAAGACUCUUUUAAGCAUGCCAUCCCACUAUCGUUGUCUGUGUGUGAGCCACCUCUUUGGAUGGAUGGCUUUCCUGUCCAACAUGCUCUUCUUCACGGAUUUCAUGGGACAGGUGGUGUACCAGGGCAGUCCUUAUGCUUCUCAUAAUUCCACACUUUACCAUACCUACAGAAGAGGAGUGGAGGUUGGAUGCUGGGGGCUGUGCAUCAAUGCGAUUGCAUCCUCAGCCUAUUCUUACCUGCAGAAAGUCCUUCUGCCAUACAUAGGAUUAAAGGGACUUUAUUUCAUUGGAUACCUACUUUUUGGAUUAGGCACUGGAUUGAUUGGCUUGUUUCCCAAUGUCUAUUCCACUUUGGUUCUAUGUUCGCUUUUUGGAGUCAUGUCCAGCACAUUGUACACAGUGCCAUUCCAACUCAUUGCGGAGUAUCACAAAGAAGAAGAGGACCUGAAUCUGCAGCAAAAAGAACAAGGCACGGAGCACGCAAGAGGCAAGGGCAUUGACUGUGCUGCCCUCACCUGCAUGGUCCAGCUGGCACAGAUCAUUCUUGGUGUGGGCCUAGGGCUCUUGGUCAGUGUUGCUGGCAGUGGAGUCACUGUGAUUUCAGCAUCAAUGGUGGCGCUGAUUGGCUGCUGUUUUGUUGCUUUUUGUGUUCGAUAUGUGGGGUAAGACUGUGUGAAACUAUUGGAAGGAAAUACCCCCAGAAGGUCAGCAGCACUGGUGCUGUUGCCACGCUGAUACUGCUGGCACAUCCUCCUCUCUUACCUGCUUGGAGCAGCUGCUAUUACAGAGCAUCACUUAACCACAAAGCGAAGACUUGGUGAAAUUGGUUGCCUAAUGCCUCAGGUAGAAAGCUUCUCCAUUCUGACUGCUUUAUUACUGCCUCCCUUCUGACCUCAGUGCAUGAACACACUAUUACACUUGAAGACACACCUGCCUGUGGUAUCUUGAUGAUGAUCAAGAUCUCUCUUGACAUCAGCAUCUCCUCAAUGACAUGAGGAAUCACUGGGAAACUCAUUAUCAGUUUGUGGAAGUGAAUAGAUGAAGCAUGUGAUAAAUUGAAGAAGUAAUGAACAUGAACAGAGCAAGGAUUUUUUUUCUCUCUUAUUUUUCAGUUAUCUUAGCUUUGGGGAUAUUCCUUCUGGUGGUCAAAAGCUGCAGGAGCAUCAAGCAGAUUUCAGAAGUCAUGUGCCAUCCCGUUGUAUGAUUAGUAUGUAGGUCACUCCGAAAGUAAUGCCUCCUAUUUAUUUCCAUGGAAGCUACAACAGACACAGAGAGCACAGUAACACUAUUUGAUAGAGCAAAUUCUCAUCUACAAAAUGCCACCAUUAGCUAUGUAUUUUUGCCAGUGAUGAAAAAAGGCCUGCAUUUGCCAGAGGAGAUGACCCACUGUCACACCACCCACCACCGUGCUGAUAUCCCCUGUUUGGUCUCCCUAAACAUUCAGCAAGUGUUGAUGUAUGUCACUGGGUGCCAUUAUUUUUUCACGUGGAAGAAUACAGUUCCAUGCCUUUGCUUCAUCUGCACUUCCAUUUCAGAUGUCAUUUUGUCAAACUGCCCCUCUGCUGCCAUCUGUUGCACAGCAAUUAAAUGUAACGGGAUAUUGGUGGGAAGGUUCACCCUCUGGUGCCAUAUCAGCAACCCCCCCUCUGAUGUUGUGAGCCAACGCAAUAAAAUAGAAGGCAUUACUUUUGAAGCAGCCCUCAUGCUAUUGUUAAAGGGGAUAAGUCACCUCCCUGCUGCCAUAAAAUCCUAUUUGGGUAUGGAAGGUGGCUGGAGUGUAAAAAAAAUUGAAGCUUAUUGUUUGAAAGUAUAUCUGUAAAGUAAUUGUUUUAUAGUGUAUCCUGCUGCUUGUGUAUAAUUGAAAUGACAGCCCUGACUGAGCUUGUCAUGAAAGUCUGCCUAGGGCUGCUCUGCAAAUCUGUGUUUAGGCACCUGGACAAUCGUCUACAGGAAACAUCUGCCAUUUCUUCACUCUCAGAACUCUAGCCUCAUGACUUCAUUUAUAAAUGAAAAAAUAAACUCAGCCAAAAAAUAACUGCAUUUGUGGUGAUAUACCACUCAAAUCUUGACAUUGAAUAUUACAGUAUUCAACUUAAUACAGUAUCUUAUUUCUCUAUUUUCCAUGCAUACCUAUAGCUUUGACUGAUUUAUUUUUGUUCUUUACAGACUACUGUAAAUUAAUUAAAUUUUGAAAAGACUAUCAUGAAUGAAUGUACAGGGAUCCCUCUAACUUCUACCGUAAAUCCUGAAGUCUACUUAUUUGUAUUUAAUUGAGUACUGAACUUCAUUCCAAUGAUAUUUCUAAGUCCUGUGUCUGUGAAAACUGAGUCUGGAGAUCGUCAUACCCAUUUGCUAUAUCCCAUGAAUACAUCUACUAAAGCAAUAUUGUUAAUGAACAGCAAUACAGGGAAAAAAUCUUGCCAGCUAUGUUUUUUUGUUGUUGUUGUUUUUUUGAAACACAUGUUGCACAUGUAUGAUCAACACCAUCAUCUCAGAGUUGAUCAGCUGUUAGAGUAGGCACACAUGGCGUAAACAGGCACCACUACAUACAAAUGGUUGGAUUUGAGGGAGAGAAGCCUUUGCGCAGGUGCACCAAGUUCAGCCUUGGUGCUGUGGGGUGUGGGGUGAAUCACCCAGGAAUUCACCCAGAAGUGGGGUGAAUCAUUUAUUCUCAGGAAAAAAGACAAACAAUUAUUCUUGCAUAAACUUAUAAAAAUUACGUAUAAUAUAUAUUUACAUAUAUAUAAUAUAUAUAAUAACAACCUUGUGGAAGCGUCAGCUGCAUUUUCUUGGUGGUUGCAUUUCCACUGUAGGCCCCAAAUGGGGCUCAGUUCAUGGCAGACCUUGCUUUUCUUCACAGCUCCCUCAUCCUGCCUUGUGAAAAACCUGUGGUUCAUGGCUUCUUCUUCCUUGGGGUUCUUCAUUAAUCCCUCUCAUGUUAUACUCAUGGAGUAGAAGAGAUUGCAAGAGUGAGGACUGGGGCUGUGCUCGAAACAUUCUGUGGGUAUUUUGUGGGUACUGGGAUGACUGGAACACAAGGGCUCAACCAGGACAAAAAACUGGAGAAGGACAGAAUAUGAAGGAUGGUUCUAAUCUCAAUUCAUUUAUUGCCAUCAUUAUGUUCCCUUGAUGCAGUAUAUGCAAGGAGGAGGAAAUUUUAAAGGAAGAACAAGGCUGAAAACAGGGAAAGGUGGAGAUGGUCAGGAUUACCAGACUCAAAAGCAGCCAUGUAGGCCUGUACUCCAAGAGCUGAAGAUGGGUUACUAUAUAAAGCUCAAUUUCUAGUAUGGGGCUGGGAAAAGGACAACACUUACUUAUGUCUUCGUCAGUAUUUUCUCUGAGGCUUAGUGCUAUCAGAACAUAGAAAUUCAAAUAGUUGUUGCUAACUCUACUUUCAUACGAAGAGAAAGCUGGCAUUGAUUCAGAUCCACCGAGUGACUGAGAUCUGUAGCAACAUCAAAAUUGUGAACCUGGAAAAAGAAGGGAGAUGUCGUUAACUUAUAUACCAAUGCUUUUCUUUACAAAUCUGCUCAGAGAAUACUGUUCCAAGCAUUCAUGUCAGCAUUCUCAUUAUCUUUCCUUUUAAAAUGAAUUACAAUCUAUAGAACUCACAACAGAAUAGAUUCAGUUUUUCUUUGAAAUUCUUCCUAUAUAUGAUUCUAAGACUUAAAUUUAAUGUCCAUCUGAAUGUGUCUUUGUCAAGAAGCAAGCAAACAACAUAAAAGUACAAUUUGAAAAAGUAUUUAAAAUUGAAGAUGUAUGAAGGUGCUCAUUCUGAAGCCAAAAAUACAUUUCAGAUGUCACUGAAAAUAAUCUAAAAUGUUACUAGUUCACGAGAAGGGAGAAAACAGGUAUUUCUUUCAGCACUUGAAAUAUUUUACAGGCACUGAAGAACGUCACUGUGGUGCUAUUAAUUUAAGAAGUUCUACAUUUCUGCCUCUUUCUAUAUUAGUUCAGGACUUGAACUGACUUAUCAGUAUAUUCAGUUAUGCAUUUAAUAUCAGCUUUUAUUGCAAUAACAUGAUUUUCAAAGUUAGAAGGACUGGGUCUGAUCUUUCUCAUGUAGUUUUGCUUCCAUAUGCAUACAAUCAAAUAAAGAUCCAUGUUUUGUUUAGGCAAAUGAUACAUCUAGAUGAAGAUGCAGAUGUUUUGCAAUAAUCAAUCCCUCCUCCUUCCCACUUUAACAGAACUAGUUGUGGUUAGUGAAAUGAGGCAGGAAACAAGUAUGCCAUCUCCCUAACUCUUUCCUUUUGCUUUUUCUUAACAAUGCCUGUCAUUUAUUUCCAUUUAAUGAACUGGCUUGUAACUUAAUUGAAAUGUUAGUGGAAGUUUUCUCUUUUCAGAGUAACUACAGUAUUAGUAAUGUCACAGUUGCUUUCUUUCUCCCCCUGUUUUCAUCUUUUCACAGUGAUUUCAAUAGAACUCUUUGACUUCUGAACUAGCAAACAAGGGAGCUUGUGGGUGACAUUUUCUCAAUCAUGAAUCAUUAAUAUCUUUGCUUGGUAAAAUUCACAGUUUCAGCAUUGGUACUGGCAAGUUGUUACCAUUCCCCGCAGUAUGUCAAAAGACAGGGAGAAAGCAAUGUGACUAGGUGUGGCAGUGAUUACUUUUGAUAUUUCUGGACUAAAAAAUGGUUGCUUCAUGCAGGAAGAAGCUGGAAGCAUCUGUGAUAAAAUGUGUUCAAAUUAUUUAUGUCAUGAUAAAACUGCACAAACAUUAUGUACAAUCCUUUUCUCUGUAAGUUUCCAGCAUUCAUUCUCUAUCUGCUCCUUCUUUGUUCAUUUAAGCAGUGUUUGAAUCUACUUGUGCAAAAGUAAACUCUGAAAAACA